AAUGAUAUGGUACCGCUCUCGAAAGUCCCGAUAAGUUGCCCGAUCGGAUAGAAUGUUAUAAAAGCCCAAUCAGUGGUCUUCCAUUCGUUUAGUCUGCGUUAAAUUUUUGUAUCGAGAAGAAGCUGAUAAAGGAUUCACCAUGCUGAAAGCAGUCAUCAUUUUCUUUGGCAUCCUGGCUCUGGGCUACGCCGCCUCCGUGGGCACCGCCAGCGAAGUUUGCCAGUCGGAGGACGAGCUGUGGGGCGGCGAGGACAUCAGGAAGUUCUACUUCUGCCUGGACGGCAAGGUGAUAACCGACGAGUGCGACUCGGGAUACUAUUUCGUGAACAACGCCACCUUCAGCGGCUGCCUGCCCGCCGACCUGAUGAAGCCCUCCUGCGUGAACCUGGACACCAAGGUGCCAGACUGCACCGGAACCAGCAAGAUGCAGCCCCAGGUCGCCGACGAUGUGGCCAGCUUCUACCUGUGCACCAGCGAGGGAGCCACGGUGCUGCCGUGUCCCGAUGGCAAGGCGUUCGUGUCCCAGGAUGGCUAUCUGGGAUGCUUCGCGUGGACCGAGUGGCGUUCGUUGCGUAACUGCGUCGACGACUGAUGAUGUGAUGUGUGGCGUUUUAAUUAUAGUUCUUCCAGCGCCAUCCACUUGCCGCGAUUAAAAGUGUCCGAAUUGAAAUGUUA